AUGGACAGACUACCCGAGGAAAUUGUCGUGGACAUUCUUGACCACCUCGAACCCAACGAUCUCAUCUCGGUUCAAAAGACAUGUACUACGUUGUCUAAGUCCGCGCAUGCCAAUCGCCUGUGGAGGAACAAGUGCUUUGAAAAGUCACCCAGUGCCUCGAUGAGAAGAAAUGCUGGUACUUUGACCGAUCUGACUUCUGCCUUGCAAGGUCUGACCUUAUCAGAUCGAACUCCCACCCCGAUACAUCAUGCAAGUGACUCGGACCGCUUGAUGCGAGAAAGCCCUCGGGCUCAAGCAAUUAAUCAAUGGGAUCAGUCUGCCAAAGACGAAACUGUCGAUUGGUAUUCGGAGUACAAAAGUCGAUAUGCACCUCUGAGCGCUGACUGGAUGGUCCAACCGUCCUCGAGGCAGCUUGAAAUCAAAGGGAUAACGACUCUCGGUGGGUCAGAACAUGCUGUUGGCUAUCUGGAAGAUGCUAGCAUUUGCAUCUGGGAUCUCAGCGAGAGCUCUACCGGUCGUAGGAAAAUAGCAGAGACCGGUCGUAGCAAACCUGGAGUCCUGUUCACAGAUGGCUACCAAGCGAGCGAGUCUUUGGUCGUCGACUGUGUCAGUACGUUUCCGUCUCAACAAAAGGCUUUUAUUGCUAUUGGCGAUAUAUUGAAUGAAGUCGACCUCAACACACUGAAGGUGGUAUCUCACUCAAAAUACGCCUAUCCAAUAACCGCAUUGUCACAGUCUACUGGGUUUGAUCUUCCGCUGACUGUUGGGACUCAAUGGAGUCUACAUAUCCUUGACCCCAGGCUUUCAGUGUCUACAAGCUCAAAGUCGCCUUCCGAUUUGGUCGAAGAAAUUCCUGCAGUGUCCGGAAAAUCGACAGCUAUACUUCCAGACUUCUCGCAGACCUCGAUAUUCGCUCCCUCGUCGAACUUUGGCCCAGCAGCACCAUUCACACCAGACCAUCAACCUCCUGCUUGGACUCCAAGGACAUCCAGUCUUCCGGCUUCCCACCAGCGGCAGAAUCCCCACUGGAUUGCAUAUGCUAGAGUAGAGCCGGGACCACUGUCGAUUCUACACCACGGACAAAAUGAGAUCCUACUUGCCGGCAGGUUCUCGAGCAUUUUAUCUUAUGAUCGCCGCUUCUUCCCACGACUCCAGUACGUCAUACACUCGGGAGGAAGUCUGUCGUCGCUUACCAGCAUUCCACACCCACCGGCAGGAUCCUCGGCAAACGUUUCCGGUGGAUCAACUCUGGUUGCUUGUGGUGAGUACAGAGGCCGAGGCUCACUAGAAUUAUACUCUCUUCCACAUACCAAGCCUGGGCAACCCGGUCUGAACGAAGACACAAUCUCGAGACAAUCAUCUGCCGAAGACAUACUCGAUCUGGGCAGGACACCAAGCACUGGCUCAGACGGCACUCUCUUCAGCUACAAGAAUAGGCAAGAGGCAGCGAGCUCCAAACUUCUAUCGGUCGCAUCCCACGGGACCAAAAUUGUGUUUUCCGAUUCAGAAGGGGGUCUCAAAUGGGUCGAGCGCGACGGUCGCAGCUUGAUCCGGAAAUGGAACCUCAACGAGUUUGAGGUCAGCGACACCGGAGCCGCCAUACAGGGAGACAAAGUGGCGCGUAAAAUCAUUCCUCUAAAGGGCGUCGACUCGGAAUGCGGACAGCGAGGCGAUGGGGAUUUGUUGAUAUGGACAGGCGAGAAGAUCGGUGUCGUCACCACAAAAGCGCAAUUCAUGGAUCACGAGGAAAUGGUCAAGGCGCUCGAAGAGGGCGAAGAUCCCAGCGAGCGGGAAGAGAGGGAGAAAGCCGAAGAAUAUUCCAAGACAAUGCGGCGGGCCUUGGAACGACAGGCCGAUGAGAGGAGGUGGAUGAGCCAGUUUCGACUUAAAAGGGGAUAUUUCUAG